CCUUCAUCGGCACCGAAGAUACGCACAGUAGACACAAUCACGCUCCCCGUAGCUUCGAUCUUUGCACUUCAGUCCAUUAUCCUGUAGUUCGACCACUUCCGCGCCUGCAGGCGACUCCUUCGCGAGAUCCACUCCGCGGAUCAACACUGAACCCCUCGCCCAGAGCACCCCUCAGAUCCCCUCUCCGCCGCAAUGUGCUCGACCGGGAAUGAAGACGGGAAUCGAGCUGCGCAAGCCUCGUAUGCGCAUCGCAGCUCAGAGGAUCCUAUUUCCAAGAUCCGGUCACAGCGCCGAGAGGACCUCCAGCCUUCCUACGCGCAAGUUAUCAAGCAAGACGACACCGAUGACAACCACGGCUGGUAUGGCUCCAUGGUCAAUUCUUUGGGCUCAAUCAUUGGCACUCUCGGAGCUGUUCCAUGCUGCAUUGCUUGCCCAAACCCAUACAAGCCAGUCAACCAAGGCAACCGAGGCAACGUCGGUUUGGUUACGAAGUUUGGACGAUUCGCUCGCGCAGUUGAUCCCGGUCUUGUCAAGAUCAGCCCGCUCUCCGAACACCUGAUCCAGGUCGAUGUCAAGAUUCAGAGUAUCUAACCUGUCAACAGACCGCUCCACGGCACCCCGGUCAUCGUGAAAGAUCAGUUCAAUGCGCG